AUGGCAAAAUUUAAAGCCAGAAAAAUCAUUAGUCUAAGGAGCAAAAAACUCAUCCGUCUAUUCUUCCUUGUUUUAGUCUUCUUCCUCUUUUUGAUCUUUGUCGGAAUAUUCUCAUUUGACACACUUUGUGAAGACAAUGGUGGCUAUAGAAGCUUUUCCUGACCAAAAUCAGCUUCAAAGCAGGUGGUACCAACUCAAAAUAUUAAAAUUAUUGAGCAAGAAGACUCCAAAGAUCCGAUACUUAAAGAAGGUGAAGAGCUCUUCAUCAAAAUGUCUAAUGGCCAGUUCAGGAAAAUUGAUGAAGUGGUCAGAGUUGACGACAACCAAAUUAUUAAGUCUGUCCCAUCCCAAAACAAUGUAUGUCACAAACUACAAGUUCCUGAUAGGAUUGCUCAAGAAGUUGGAAAGAUCAUAGAGCAACAUAAUGGAGUUUUGCCAAGAGAUAUAUCUGUCCGAUUUGUUGAAAAACAAGCCAAUGAUAUUACAGAACAACAAGCUCUAGAAACCCAAGAAAUCCAUCAAAGUUAUCAAUGUACUGAAGAGCACUUAGUACUCUUCAUAAAAAGUCAUUUCUAUGAAUCAAGAGGGAUUCAAGUAAAUAUAACUAUCGACUGUAGUUUGGAAGAGACUGAGAAAGAGCUAAGAUCUGGUCUAAACUCUCAUUUCAAUAGAACCUUAUUUGUUUUCCUAUAUAUUCCUCUCUUCUUCAUUCUCUUCAGAUUCUCUUUCAACGAAAAGGAUGAUUAUACUCAAAGGGAACUUGUCAGAAUUUACUCCUCGCAUAAGAAAUCUUCUAAAAGUAACAAAAGAUCUAACUGCAAGGAGCACUCCAAAGCUGGUUUGCCCACCAAUGAACUUACUGAAAGUCUGAUCCAAAAGCUAUUAAGAGGAGACCAGAAGAACAAACCUUUGAUUACGAAUGAUACUAUUACUAAGUAUCAGGCAAAUCUAUUCCAAGAGAUUAAUGAGAAUCAUAAUAUCUUGAUUAGAAUUAUUCUAAAACUAUUCUAUAUCAUUACCGGUGUUAGCUUAACUGGUGAGUCACCCAACAAUUCCUCAACCAGAUCUAUUAAGCACUAUUUUGAGAAGUUUAUCUCAAAACUCGGUAAUCUUCUUCAAAGCACAUCUUGUGAAGAGCUUGGCGAUGAGGCUAGUCCAAAUCAUGAUCAUCUUUAUUCAACAGAUGAAGCUAGCUCCAGUGAAGCAGACUUUGUCGGCCCUAUACCUGAGAAAUCAAACAAAGGGAAGUCAAAGAAGGGCAGGAAGGAAGUGAAGAAAUUCAAGUAUGCCUCCUAAGAUGCUUCCCAAGAUUAUACUCUUCUACAAUUUGAACUACCAAC